CGUCAGGGCCUAGGAGUGGGGAUUGGGCGCCGACCCACCCCUUCCUUCGGUCUCCUCCAACCGCCCCCCAACCCCGAUUCCGGUAAUAGUUGCAUUUAUUUAUCCCCCUCCUCUGCGCUGCGGGCGUCCAGGCCGGGGCGGGGCGGGCGGCCUGGCGGGCGUGGGGUGGGGUGGAGGGGCGGUGAGAGUCAGGUGCAGCCGCGGCCCGGAAAGUUUCCUUUUAGGCCCGAUUUGGGGACUGCCCUCCUUCGGGGAGUUCUGGUCCCAGCGCUCGCGACCCCCGAGGGCGAGGGGGAGAGCCUCGGCUAUUUUGAAACUCUUUGCCAGUUUCCGUCCAUUGAAGACAAUCUGCUUCAUCUUGAUUCUGCAGCAUUCCAAACUGUGGUAUCCUUGGGGUUCUCUAAACAUUGCUAUGGUGCAGAAGAUUUAAAAUCAGCUGAUGUUCACAAGGAAUAGAGUCACGUGAUGUAUGAAGGGAAACAUAUACACUUCUCUGAGGUUGACAAUAAGCCCUUGUGCUCAUAUAGCCCCAAACUGUGCAAGCAGCGGCGACUCAACGGCUACGCUUUCUGUAUCAGACACGUUCUGGAGGACAAGACUGCUCCCUUCAAGCAAUGUGAAUAUGUGGCCAAGUAUAACAGCCAGCGCUGCACCAACCCCAUCCCCAAAUCGGAGGAUCGUAGGUACUGCAACAGCCACUUGCAGGUACUUGGCUUUAUCCCGAAAAAAGAGAGGAAGAAAAAGAAUGAUCCUAUAGAUGAAGUAAAGGUCAGGCACCAGAUGGAUACCAUGGCCUUCAGCCUAGCGGUGCCCACGUUGGCCCUGAAGAUGCCGAAUGGACUGGAUGGAAUGUCUCUCUCUCCACCUGGGGCAAGGGUCCCUCUCCACUACCUGGAAACUGAGUUGGAAGACCCGUUUGCUUUCAACGAGGAGGAGGAUGACCUGAAGAAAGGGGCAACUGUGAGAAAGAAGCUGCAGAGCAAGUUGGCCCAGAAUCGGCAGCGCCAGAGAGAGACCGAGAUUUUAAAAGUUCGACAAGAGCACUUUAGUCCCCCUCCUGCCCCUUCACAGCAGCAGCCUCUGCAGCAGCACUCCCACCUGUCACCUUCGCCCACUUCUUUAAAACCUCCAGCGCCAGCGCAGGGUGUAGUCUGCAAGUCACCUCAACCUCAGAACACCAGCCUACCAAUGCAGGGAGUGGCCCCCACCACACACACUAUAGCACAAGCAAGGCAGUUGUCUCACAAGAGGCCUCUGCCCUUCCUGCCAUCCAGUAGGGCUCCCAUCGCGGACCCACCCAGGACGGACCGGGUCCUUAUGAGAGCCACAGCCUUCUCUCCACACUUCUCUUGUAUAAGUCGACUGCAGAGACUGGUGAAACUGUGCACCCAGAAACAUCAGUUGGACACUGAUCUGUUUCCCCAUUUAGGGUUGGACUGGUCUGAAGAAAGCGGAGAGGAACUGGACGACUCAGAGCAGGCCUCGCCAUACCAGGUUGCAUGGUCCAUCCGAGAAACCCUCAGAUAUGAAAGACACAUGUCAGAUGACGAUGACACGGAGAGUAGGAGCUCCAGGGUGACCCAACUUUGCACUUACUUUCAGCAGAAAUAUAAGCACCUCUGCCGCCUGGAGCGAGCAGAAUCUCGUCAAAAGAAGUGCCGGCACAUGUUUAGGAAAGCCUUGCUGCAGGCGGCCAGUAGAGAGCCCGAAUGUACUGGUCAGUUAAUACAAGAGCUGCAGAAAGCGGCAUGCAGUCGAACCAGCAUAAGCCGGACCAAGUUGAGAGAGGUGGAACCAGCAGCAUGCAGUGGAACCAUGAAGGGUGAACAGUGCGCUAACAAAGCCCUUCCAUUCACCAGACAUUGUUUCCAACAUAUCCUCUUGAACCGCUCUCAGCAGCUCUUCUCUAGCUGCACAGCCAAGUUUGCAGAUGGACAGCAGUGCUCUGUGCCCGUUUUUGACAUUACACACCAGACACCUCUGUGUGAAGAACAUGCCAAAAAAAUGGAUAAUUUCUUGAGAGGAGAUAGCUCCCGUAAAGUUCAGCACCAGCAGCAGAGGAAACCCAGGAAAAAAACCAAGCCUCCCGCACUUACCAAAAAACACAAGAAGAAGAGACGGCGUGGACCUCGCCGACCCCAAAAACCCAUUCCCCCUGCAGUCCCCCAGGGGAACCUCAGCAUGCCCACCAGCGUCUCACUGCCAGUGGAGGCUGCUCAGAUUCGGAGCCCGUCCACGCCAGAACUGAGUGCUGAUGAGUUACCGGACGACAUUGCCAAUGAGAUCACUGACAUUCCACAUGACUUGGAAUUGAACCAGGAGGACUUUGCAGACGUCCUGCCACGGCUACCUGAUGACUUACAAGAUUUUGAUUUUUUUGAAGGAAAGAAUGGAGACCUCCUCCCCACAACCGAAGAGGCCGAGGAACUUGAACGGGCCUUGCAGGCUGUAACUUCUCUCGAGUGCCUGAGUACCAUUGGAGUACUUACCCAGCCGGAUGGUGUGCCAGUCCAGGAGCUGUCCGACAGAGGAAUAGGGGUGUUCUCCACGGGUACUGGAGCUUCCGGAAUUCAGUCUUUGAGCCGAGAAGUAAACACGGAUCUGGGGGAGCUAUUGAAUGGGCGUAUAGUACAUGAUAAUUUCUCUAGUCUAGAGCUGGAUGAGAACCUGCUCCGUUCUGCUACCUUGUCUAACCCACCUACACCCCUGGCAGGGCAGAUCCAGGGGCAGUUCUCUGCCCCAGCCAAUGUUGGCCUUACUUCUGCCACUCUGAUGAGCCAGAGUGCACUUGGGGAGAGAGCCUUCCCAGGACAGUUCCAUGGACUUCAUGACGGCAGCCAUGCCUCCCAGAGGCCACAUCCUGCCCAGCUGCUGAGCAAGGCAGAUGACCUAAUCACCUCACGACAGCAAUACAGCAGUGACCAUUCACACUCCUCGCCCCAUGGAAGCCAUUAUGAUAGUGAGCACGUGCCGUCUCCCUACAGCGACCAUAUCACCUCUCCCCACACGACAACAUCUUACUCUGGUGAUAAUAUGGCAGCUACCUUUUCAGCAGAGAUACCCAUCAUGGCGCAGCACUUGCUCCCAACCCAACUUGAGGUGCCACUUGGAGGAGUCGUAAACCCCAGAACUCACUGGGGCAAUCUCCCUGUCAGCCUUGGAGAUGCCUCUCCAUUUAGCAACCUUCUUGGCGCAGAUGGACAUCUUCUUUCCACUUCCCUCUCUACACCACCCACCACUUCGAACUCAGAGACCACACAGCCUGCCUUCGCCACCGUGACCCCCAGCAGCUCCAGUGUGCUUCCGGGGUUACCGCAGACCAGCUUCAGUGGCAUGGGGCCCUCUGCGGAACUCAUGGCCUCCACCUCUCCCAAGCAGCAGCUCCCUCAGUUCAGCGCAGCCUUCGGCCACCAGCUGAGUUCUCACAGUGGCAUUCCUAAGGACCUGCAGCCCAGCCACAGCUCUAUAGCGCCUCCUACAGGCUUCACAGUAACAGGUGCCACAGCUACAAGUACCAAUAAUGUAUCUUCUCCCUUCACCUCCCCUAACUGAGUGUGUCUGUGUGUUUGCAGGCAGGUGGGGAACCUGGUAUUUUCUAUCUUUGUUUCCUCUUUAUCAUCUCUUUGCCCUUUUCCUGAAGAUUUUAAAAACAACAGAUGGGGACUAGAGGGGAGCUCCCUUUCCCAGUUAAACAAGUCACCCUGCAGUGGGCCUUGCUUCAGUGUUCACAUGUGCUCCUUUGCACUGGUGCUCAUCCCCUCCUGGCAGGUUCACUCUACCCCAGUGGUUUCCUAGUGGCUCAGCACAGUGACUGGAGAGAAUUGAUGUUUAGCAGCAAGUCCUAGAAGUGGAAGAUACCUCAGAUUACCUGUGCCCUUUACUAUUUCCUAGUAUUCUGAUCAAUGUUUCCAUUCUAUUACCAGGUCUUUACAUAGGUGGGUCUGGACAGAAUAAUCCUAUCCAUUGAGUUCCUGUGUUAAGAGAAGCAAAUGAUGUGUAGAGGCAGACCAAGGCUCUGAUGUAACACCAACUGCUAAACACACAAGGCCAGGAUUCCAUUCCUAAUUGCAAUCAUGUUUAAUUAAAGAGAAAAAAAUUAGUCUCUUGAUGCCUGUGUGUAUGUGUUUGCCCACUUGUGUGUUUUUGUGCCGGGCAGGAAGCAGCUGUCCCAUUGUAAUUUUUUUCCUAGUGAGUAUAAGGCCCUUCCUUCUUUCCCACAUCUCACAACCCUGGUAAGGUUGUUCAUUCUUUACCACUGAGUUAAAACUAAGUUUCCUGAAUAGGGAGGGUGGUGGUCUGGUCAUGUGAAUAGCACAACCCUUUUCUGCUAAGUUAUCUUGGAACGCAGAGAACUAAAUUCUUGUCAGUCCCGUGGGGGUGUCGUGAAAAGCUUUCCUGGAGUGGCCACAGGGUUGCCGAGAUUCUGAUAUCUGGUGGUUAUAUUGCCUUUUUAGACAUGCAUUUGUUUCUAAAUCCCUCUCUCAUGGAAUACAUUUGCAAGAUGUAAUUAAAAUAUUUUGAUGUGAAAAGCGGGAUAGGUCAGAUAGAUUUGGAAAGAUGGGAUCUGUAAACUCCUUGAUCCAUCUUUUGCUUUUGAAUUUUUCAUGUUUACAGUAGUGAUUCUUUGGUAAGAUUUGUAAAAUGUUGAAGACACUUGUAGAAUCGAUGUAUGAAUCGUGAAGUGAUAUGUAAUAUCUGAAGGAUACACAUUUUAAAGUUUCUUUCAAAGCAGAAUAUGGAAAUUAGACAUAAAUUUUACCCAUCCUUUGGUACUUUUAAAACAAUUUAAGUACUUAGGUUUAAGUUUUGGGAAAUCUUUCUAAAGUACCAGAAUUUUAAGGUUAAAAAUUCAUAUUGGGUAGUUUAAUUAAGUUGAUGACUUUGAAAUGAAUAUGUGAUGUUUCUUUUUACCUGCCUUCUCCCCUGGCCCCCCUCCCCAAGGGUGGAACUAGAUUUUAAAGGCAUCUGUACUCUGCUUUUGCUGAGAAGUUUCACUGUCCUCUGAGAUACCAUUGGCUAUUUAUACCUGAGUCUAGUCUAAUUUACAUAUAUAUAUUUUAAAAGAUGAGUAGAGAGAACAUAUCUAUUAAUGAUGUGAUAUAAUAAUUCAUUUGUCAGGGAAUAUUUGAUCUUAAUUCCUUUUCAACAGGUAAAGAAUUGGAUGUAUUUUCCUACUUCCUAUGUGUAUUCUCUUUAUGCCAUGCUAAUUCUAACCAGUCCCUUCUUUUGAAAGCCUUUUUUCCUCUGCUUUUUAAAGGAAUGAUGGUGAUCAGCAGGCAUUAUGCAGAUAACCACGUGCCUGAAAUUAUGGAGGGGAAAUGUCACAUGACUAUGAAAUCAUUGUGUGCCCUAUUUUAUAUUUAUUGAAGUUUCUUUUUGUGGGCCAAAAAUAUGUUUGUAAUAUAUUUAGUUUUUUUUUAAUCAUGGUAAUUGGAAGAUUUAUUUUUAAUAGCUUUGCCUUUUUUGCAGAUUGAGAAAUUUCUGAAUUAUAAAUUAUGCCACAAAGCAAAAUUAUAUUUGGUAUCACCAUAAAUUUCUAUUCUGCAUGGUGAGAACAAAUAAUUUGAGUAUUUCUCGCCUGUGAACCUAUGUUAGUAAGCUUUUUUAUUUUAAUGUACUGUAAUGAAGUGAUUAUGAGUAGAUAUAUCUGCUCAAAAAGUGUCAUUUAGCUUGCUAAACUCCUCCCACAUCCCAUUGCAAUCACUGCUAGAUAACUGUCCAUUCCUAACGAUUCCACUUAGUUUCCAUGGUGUACUAAUUAAAGGUUGUAGCAGAGCAGCACAUUGACUUUAUCAGCCCUUCCUUGACAGCAAAGGGAAAGUCAUGGGUAGUCAGUUGUAAAGUUUCUGGCUAUUUCUCCCUCAUCGUAGCUGCUUAGACUUCUUCAGUUAUCAAAACUGAGUUUGCAGUAAGUUGCACAUCUUAUUCUUUACAAUUUUCUGUUCUGUGUGCAUUUAAAAGCCCUUUUCUGCUUUCUAGUAAGGAGGCAUGAAAUGAUCAGGAAUGUUGCCAGUUACAGCUUCACACCAAAAACUUUUUGAGUGAAUUCAUUUUUGUUUAGAUGCCCGUGAUAAUAGCUGAGGAAAGGGCACCUGUAGAAAGUACCAGUGUAGGUUUGAGGAAUUAGAAAAGAACCAAUUUUUCCUCUCAUUUAUGUACUUCAGAACAAACACAUCUGAGCUUGCCGUUUGCUUUGCUCUUGCUGUUUCUUGUGAGUCCUUUUUUGGAAGAGAGAAGGAUACCUGAACCAGAGACAUCCUUUUUGUUUUCUUGUAGCUAAUGGAGCAAUUCUAGUCUAUUAAUAGUAGGUUUGCUGUUAAUAUGUAAGGAAAGGAAUGAAGUGUCUUUUACUCCAGAAAUAGGAAAAUUAGUGUCUUCUAAAAUAACGCUUAUGCUAUAUAGUGAGGCAAUACUGGAAUCAGAAACAAGUUUUAUGUAAGGUCCUAAUUAGGUGGAAACUAGCUUUUUAUACUAGUGUUAAACUCAUGAAAAAUAGUGGCAAAGAGUUCACUCUGUUUCUGCAGUUCUUUGGGACCAUUUGUAAAGGCCAGUUAGAUUGUGUUAAUGUGAUUUAAUAUACAAAGUUGCUGCAGUUAAUGGAUACAUUCUGCUCUGAGCAUUUGAAUUCCUUUCUAAUACAUGGUAUUCACUGGCUGUGAUCUAUAGCAUCUGAAGAAAAGCAUUUUUCUCUCCUUUCCUGUCUGCAUAAUUGUUAAUAUUAUUUUGAUUGAAGUACUUAAGACAUUGUUUUUUCCCUCUGUAAAAUGGCUUAGCAAUUUGCACAUCUGGGUAGGUUCUGUAGCUAGUAAACAAUUCACAAUAGUAAAUAGCAGUUACACUUAACCCACCAAAUGGCAGACUAUGCAAUGGAAAGGUUUUCUAAUUAUCGUCACAUAGCUUAUACGGCGAAGGAUUAUUUUCUCUAGUAACCUACCAUGUGAGAUACAACUGCUUUAUAAAUGACUUCCUGAGCAGUUUCAUGUUGGCAGGCAGUGUGGUGUGUCUAGUGUCCCUCCAUGAAAAAUUAGAAUAAAUGAGAAGCAAACAAAGGUAUGAAGAGUUAGUUGGAAAGUGUUUUGUUCCUUCUUUCCUUAAAAUUGUAGUUACUCUUUUGAGUGGCUUAAGGCUAAGGAAAGUUAGUACUUUAUCUUUGCCAAAUAAUUUAUAAGUUUUAUUUCUUAAAUAAGCCCAAUCUCUCAGCUGCAAGUUAAGAAUGAUCAUUCUCUGUGACUAACACUAAAGCUUUUCUUAUCAGAGCUUGUUUGCAAUCCAUGACCACAGUCCACAGAGGCAAGGACAGUUCUUUGAUUUGGAAGGAGACAAUGUCCGUGAUACAUACAGGUGGUGCCCUAUCUGUUCAAUUUCUUCGUAUGUGAAAGGAUUUCCAUUUCUUUUGGCCUGUACCAUUCAGUUUUUAUCAAUUGGCACUAGAAUUUGAGUAGGUAACUCCCACACUCUCAGUUCUUUCUUACUUGCUGGUAAGCUUUCCUGUGCCCUUGAAUCAUGGGGCUGAUGGAGGUGGUUGGUAGUGUUUGUGUGAGGCAAUCACUUUGUCUCCAAGUUAGUUCAAAAGAUGUGGUAUUGCAAAAACAUGAGCAUAUUAAUAACACUAAGUUGAUUAUUUAUUAGGUUUGAAAUUCAUUAAAUUUUUUUGAGUGUCUAAUUUCCAGUUUCUUUCAAAUCUUUCUUUUUUAGCCUUCUCUUAACAUUCUAUUAAAUUCCAUUUUUAAUCUGGUAUAUAUGGAAUAAUCUAAUACAAUGGUCUUCCAAAGGGUCAGCAGAACUCUACAGUUCAAUGAGGCGAUUUAAAGGAUUCCUUCAAAGAAGCUGUUACACUGAAUAGCCUUUGUCUGUAUCUCUUUCAUCAAUGACACCUUCAUCGCUCUAUGGAGUUUUUCCUGAUGAGAAAUACAUUUCUUGGGAGUAGGGGUGUGAUGUGAGAAUAUAUACGUAUAAUAGAACAUAGAAUUUUUUUUUUUCAGUACACUGAAAAUAAUUGAAUCUUUACUGGCAUUCUAUAGAAAGGUAAAACAAUUUAAUGAUUUACCAAUGUCUUGAACUUUAUAAGCUUUCCAGUCUCAUAUUCUGGAGGAAACCAACAUCCAUGUUUAAUAGAUUAUAGUAACAUUUAAAAUGCUGUCUUUUAGAAGAUUUGUAACAAAAUACCAGUGAAGGUUGUAUUUGAAUAUCUAGUAAGUAUUUUCACCUGACUGGUGAGUUAGGAAAGAAAACGUAAAAACAUAACUGAAUAAUUAAUGUCUCUCCUAAUAACCAGUGUCAUCAAUGCAAAAAUUGUGGGUCAAACUAAGCCUUAUUUCCAAAUAGCAAAAAUUUUCUCUUCACUCCAGCUCUUAUUUUCUGUUAUCUUUCCUUUCUCUGCACUGGGACACAGAGCUAAUAAAUGUGACAUUUCAGAGAGAGAGCAAAUUUGGGAACCUUUUUUUACCCUAGGUUCCCAAAUCUAGAAACGUUCGGUGACUUUGAAUGGCAGAUUUUUGGUGAUCUGAAGUUUAGUCUGAAAAACAAACUUCUUAGAGAAAACCUGUGUCACUCUAAGUAAGCUCUGUAGGGCAGCCAGCUUCCCUUCCUUUUUCCCUUCUGCCUGCUUGCCUCAGCCCACCCCAUGUACUGAAGUUUGCACACAUACAUGCACACACACACACACACACACAUACACGUGACCUGUACUGAUCCUGACCUAAGAGUAAUAGAUCUUUUUCUUUCAUUUGUUUUUGUUUUGUUUUUUGUCUUUCUGUUUUUUAAACUGGGGACCACUGAAGUAAGCUCUAGAUGCAUCCAAAGUUCCCCUUGGAAAAAUUUUCAUCAUGCAGUGCCGAAGGUUCCAGUGCAGCUAAAUGCCACACCAUUGCUUUUCCUUGGGGAAUAGACUGAUUUGCCCUGAAAUUACUCCACCCUGCAUCGUUAAGAUACAGUUGGCUUCAGCGGAUUAGUGUGGAAGUGAUGGAAAGUUUGGUACUUGCGACAUUGUCUUCAUCUGCUCGGAAGGGUUGAAAUCAGUUCCUCCCAACAGUGAUCAUUCUUUUCACUGUAUAGUGUUGAGUAUGUCUCAGGGAUUCCUUGUGGAAAUUAGGGCAGUUUUUAAAAUAAAACAGUUUUCAAAGAAGCUAAAGGUGACUCAUCAUUGAAGAGAGCGCAAGAAAGAGAACACAUUUGGUUUUGUUGCCCAGUGUCUUGCAUAGGACCCUUUCCUUUCUCCUCCUGGCUCUCAUCUCAGCUUCAGCAGCAUACAGACUCUUUUCCCAUCAUGCACAGCUUUAAAACUUUUAUUUAAAAAUUUCCUUUCCCAAUGAACUUUCAGAAUACUUAUUGUAGAUUUUAAGAGAAAAGGUAUAUUAAUUUAUGCUGUUAACAUCACCUCAUAAAUUAUAAGUUUUAUACUAAAGCUGUAUUGAGUGUAAUGAAUUAUGUUGCCUAUGUGUUUAAUAGCUACAAAGUGAUAUAUGAACUCUUUUUUUUUUUUUUUUGACAAAACAAACUAGUGAAGCACCUUUUUACACUGGAUCUCUGCCGUGUCAAGGUGUAUAGCUAUCCUUUGCUACCUUGCAGAUAUAUAAAAUAAAAGGAUAUCCUGGGGCCUCAAAAUGUAGAACACCUUUAGACCAUUUAUUACUGCUCAUAGAACUGUUGAGAGUCAUGUUUCUUUAGUAAAUGAUCUGUGGUUUACAUUUAAGAUGGCUAGAAGCUUAGUUACAGGGUAAAUAGAAAUAAGUACAUAGAUCAAGUAAAACUCCCAACUACUGUAGCUGGAAUUUGUAAACUAAGUUUUGAAGACCUCUUUUAUUUCCUAUGGAUUUGUUCAUUAAUUUACAGUUUAUUCUGUAAGUUGGGAAGUAAAACAGAGAAAAUAAUAACUAUAGAUGUUCUCAGUGUCUUAUUCAGGAACUUUUUAUCCCUCCUCACUAAGGAAUUCCCACUGUGACUUAAAAUAGAAUUCAUUACUUGUGUGCUUGUGUAUGUCUGUGUUUUUACACACAUGCAGAAAUAUACAUUGGGAGGCACGUUUGUGAGAUGAAUGUGUGCUUAGGUAAAACUAGAGAAAGGUAACAAUAUAUUGUGGAAAUAUGAUUUAUUUAGCUGAGGGUAUUGGAGUUAUUUUCUCAUCGUCUUUGUUGUAUAAAUACACCAAAUUUUUCAUUGUUAUCUUGUGUUAAAAGGCUAGUUCUGAUAUCAUGUACAUUUUAUUUUAACCUUUUGAUUAACUUAUAUUAUGCUGUGUUUUUUUAAAUGACAUGAGAAACAGUAGGUUAUAAGACCAGCGUCUCGCUUUUGGGCAUAAAAAUGUGUGAGAGAGAGAGAGAGAGACAGACCCAGAUGUGAGCUGUGUUUUUCUGUUGGGGUGAUGGGACCAGAAAUCAGUUGAAACUUUUGUGUGUGUGUGUGUCAAUAGUAGAUUCUUCAUAUUCUGAGUUAGAAAAUAUUGUUGACCAUCUUGUCUUGGUGAAGUUAAGAAAAUUAUAGGCCUUUUAUAAGAAUGCCAUUUUUGGAGGGGCUGCUUUGUUCAAAGAGUUGGUGGGAUCAUUUCACCAUACAUAUUUCAAAGCUGGGAUGAUUUCAGUUUUUCCAAAAAUUUUUCAAAAACUACUCAGUUGUGUUAUUAAUUACAAAGUUAGCCUGUCUACCUGCCCCCAUAUUUUGGCUAUAUGAAAAUAAGCUACUCUGGAGUUUUACAUGAUUCAUGUAGAAUUUAAAAUAUAUAUAUAUAUUUCUGUAUUUUGAGUUUAGUCAUUUUGCUAUGCAUUCAUUACUGGAGUUAUCUGGUGGUCUGAAAUAAUCUAAACUAGAGUUGUUAUUGAAUGCUCCAACUAGAUUUACUUUCAAUAUAAAAAACAUGUACUUUGAAAUAUGUCAAAACAACUUCUGAUAAUACACCUGAAUUUGUAGUUAUCUUUGAAGCCUCCUUCAUCUUAGUUAUAGUCAAGACCUAGGAAAGCUUCAUAUGUUGUUCCUUUUAUAGUUGUACUUUUGCAGCAUCUCCCAGUUUCAUUCAUUCUUGUUUUAUGGAUUAAAAAGACAUUUGCAAAUUCCUUGUACAUAUGCAUGCAAAUGAAAGAAUGGAGUUUGUAUUGGUGCCAUUUCUCCCUUCAGUUACUGGUUAAUGGGAUUUGCUAGAAUAAAUUUCCCCUGAUUGAAGGGUGAAAUUAGACCCUUUUGUGUAUAUCUGUACAGAGAUGUGUAUAUGGGGUGUGGUGGCACUUUGCUGAAUGUGAACUUGCCUUGUCAAUGGAAAGAUUGAGAAGUAUUGUUUAUUUAUACAUUUGUAUAAAUCUAUAUAUACACGUAUGUAUAUGUGUGUGUAUAGAUAAAGCUAAAUACAUAUAUUUCCCUAAAAAUGUGUGUGUAUAAUAGAUAAACAGCUUCUGUUAAGCAAGAUUAUAUGUCUAUGGAAAGUUUGGAUUAUUCUGUAAGCAGGAGGAGGUGACAGUCUAGAGUACAUCAUCAGGGCGUACUGAGACGGAAGUCCUUUGGGUUAGUAGUCUUCUUUAUGAUUAUUGUAAGUGAAUUCCUGUUAGAACUAUUCUUCCUUGCCAGUUCCACUAUUCUUCAUCUUCACUACCUUCUAAAUCAGUCUCUCAUCAUUUAAAAAUCACAUUUCAUUGUCUUUUUUCCCUUAACUUCUCAGUUGUUCUUUUAAGGAUCUUUAUCUCUGAAAUUUCCCAGAAGAUAUAAAUGUUGGCAGUAUUUUCCUUAGUAAUCUUGAGAAUUGGGCAUUCAACUUUGUCUCAAAAAUGAACAAAUAAAAAAUCAACAAAUGAAACUAAUUUGAAAGUUUUACUUACAUAAUUUUGGGACCUUUUACCUAAAUUGAAAAAACAUAAUUACAAUUUUUUUUCAUUGAUAUUACUGUUAGAUUUAUUUCCUCAUUUCUUGUCAUCAGUAAUUUUUCAAAAAUUUGGUUUACUUUGUGAUUUAAUCAUAAAUCUACCAUUUUCAUUUUAAUGGAGAGCGUACAAAGUCACACGUAUGCCUCUUGAAUUCUUUUAACUCAUUUUACUCAUGAUUAAAUUACUUUAAUGAAUCCUUACAUAAUGAAUACUGCUAUAGUUCCUUUAGACUUUUCACAUUUGUGACAUUGUCUUUUAACUUAGCUGCAGAUCUCUAGAAAACUUACAUCCCUAUAUAUUGUGCCUUUAAAGCUCUUAUGCACACACAGACAGAAGUGUAUAUAUACAUGUUGGAGCAUGUGUACAUAUACUUUGGUAUAUACUCACACAGUAUGUCUCUAGUAUAUAUUGUGGGAGUGGAUAUAGAGAUAUUCAAAGGCAAUGAAAUGUUGCUCUCUAGAUAUAUAUGUAUAUAAAUAGUGUUGAUAUGCUGUAUAUACACAUGUAUAUGUAUGAGUUUUAAAUGGCAAUCUUUUACAUUUAGCAAAAUGCUGCCCCUACUGGAAUAUUGCCACUGCAGUGGCAGUUGUAUGUAAUGAUUUAAAAAUACAUUAUCAAAAAUUAUUUAAAGAACAUUUAAAAGUCUCAUCUAAAGACAUCCACAUGUUAUUUAUUUAUCUUCCUUUUCCUUUUAUUAUUAUUAUUUUUUAAAUGAAAGGGAGACUGUGAUUUUUAGAAAUGUCAUCUGUUCCAUGGGAGAAAGAGCUGGAGAUUCACUAGAGGAACUUUGUGCGUUUUUUCCUCUCUCUGAAAUGGAGAUUACCACAAACCAGGCUGUUUUUUUCCCUUAUAAAGCAAUCCUAACAUUUCCAUUAGUGUAUGUCAUCUACCAUCUUCUUAAUUCACCAAUUUGCCUCUUCCUUUCAUUAAUAAAUAAUGAUCAUUGAGAUCAUUAUGCCGGGGGGAGAUUAACUACCCUCUAGCUGCAGGGAAAUAUAUCACCUUAUUGUUAUUCGGCCUUGUUCAAAAUUCAACUUUGAGAGAAGGCAGCGCUCAUGAAGCUGUCUUAAAGCAUGUUUUACAUUUAGUUAAAGGUCCCAGACUUUUUUUAAAAUUCCAAGUCUGCAUGCACUUGACAUAGAUUUAAUUCUUGUUCCCCACAGCUUCAGGUGUUUUUCAUUAGUAUAUAAAUUUGACACACUGAACGAAAAAAUGUUAAGAAAAUGUUCAGAUUUAUUUUGUGAUGAGUUGGCAACAGGUUACAUUUCAAGACCUUAACAGAGAGAGGAACAUAGUGAACGAUCCUAAAUUGUAAGACGUCACCAAAAGCAGUGGCGUCAGAGGACCCGUGAAGACCGAUGGAUAGGCUGGGCUUUGAGCAACGGCACAGAGUUGCUCAGCUGGGGCUCCGUGUCCGAAGCGGCCUGUCAACGCCUCUGGGCAGUUGCAGUGGGAAAUCAAGGGUGAGGUAGCUUAUUUGAAACCAGUAAUUGACAGGCUGCGCAGUUUUAAAAUCUCUUCUAACCAAGUAACUGCACGGUAGCAAGGACUAGCAGUUCUCAACCCUUCUUUUUCAGUGUUCUCAUUCACCUUGGCACAAAAGAAUGCUUAACAGGUCGUACGUUAAAAAUAUUUACAGAAAAAAAAACAAACAAAAACAAAACCAAGUUGCUUAAAGGGAACUUACAAACUGAGGAUCUUCUCUGCAGCUUUGCUAAUAGUGGCCGGGAGCUUAGUUACAUGCACAAAAGCUAGGAGCCUCUCGUUUCUGCACGGACUGUAGAAACAAAGUGAGAUCGGCAGGUCUGGGGUAAGAGCCCCCAGUUCCCACAGAAGGGCAUAGCUAUGGCAUUGGGCAUGGUGUUGCUGGGGGAGACCACAUUUUGGGAAACGAUGGGCUUUGGGUUUGUAAUUUCCCUUUAAACAAGAAGAGAUGGCUCACAUUUUCCAUAUAUAUCUCAAUGAAUGUACUGUAUUACUGUUUUAAAAAUUUGAUGAAAUAAUGGAUUGGUCUCCUUUUGUUAUCUGGUCCUUGUUUAAUUUGUUUAAGGGUUUUUGUAUACAAAAGUUUACAUUUUUAUGUAUAUUUUUCUUGUGUAAAAACUGAUGUAAUAUGUGUAUAAAACACUGUAUGUAUUAUCUGUAUAUAGUGUGACAAAAUGAUUUUUCUUUCUUUCUUUUGGAUGUAUUAAUAAAUCUUGCUGUGAAGUA